AGCGGGCAUGGAGGGGCUCCGUCGGCCCGUCGUGUUCUCUUGACAUGGCUCCCGCCCGCGCCACGAGCAGCGCCCCCGCCGCCGCCGCCGCCUCCUCCUCCGCAGCCGCCGCUCCGCCCGCAGGCUGCGGCUAGACGGCCCACCGACGGUCGGCCUGCGAGUCCCGCUCUCCUCUCCGCGGGGACCCCGCCCUGCCGCCUAGAUCCCGGCCUCUCUGUCCCCUUGGGAAACCACCCAGCCGCCCCCACUCGGGAAACAUGGGCUGUUGAACGGGAAAAGCGAAUCUAGAACCCGGGAACUUCAUUCCUUGCUUUUUUUUGGGGUGGGAGGGUGGGCUUCCUUUUAAGAAGUAAUUAUUAUUAACACGAUUAUUCUCUUCUUUUCCCCUCCUCCCAACUGAUCCUUCCUACUUAACUCUCUUCCCGCCUCCUCUACCCGGGCGGGAAUUGUUUCCACAUUGAAAUGAGUGAGAACCCGAGUGAUCCAGUGUCUCCCGUGGUGCGAGUGAGUCGCUGCCGCUGAAGGCCAGGGGUUGUGGGUGGGACCUGGGGGUCGAAGGCAGGUGAUCCCCGGGCCCGGCCUGGGACGUGGGAGAACCCGCCACCUUAGCCUCAGCCAUGCUCACACGAAGAUAAUCGAACUCCCUACCAUCCCGAACUUGAACGGGGUCAAAUUUAUACGGAGGGCUCCCCGGGGAAUGUAGAACCCACCGCAGGGCUAAGGGUGCUUGGAUCCCGGGCAUUAAUCAGGGCUAAUCACAGAGCCGGAAUAACUAUUAAUACCGUUUAAUAGACCCCCCUUUCCCUCUGCCAUCAUGGUUCUCCUUGGCAGCAGCGUUCGCAGCCGCCUGAGGGUGAAAACGUGGGUGAUGGGGAAGUUGGUAAUGACUCCGCUGUUUUUUCUCAUGACUCCUUUGGGCAACAGCUGUCCACCCCCGGUAUACACUGUAGUUGAUUGCAGGGAAACCCUGUACCUCUCCCCUUCUUUCUCUGCUGAUUUUGCACUUUUCUCUUUGCUCACCACCAAGUGUAAUCAAUAGCAAAGCACUGACAGUUCAUAGCAGUAGUGAAAUCUGAAAUAACUAAGAAUUAAUCAGGUACUACAGCCAUGGAUCUGGCUGGGUAAAAUCCAACUGGGGAUUUCAGUUUCAUUCACCUACCCUGUUUUGGUGGUUUUCAGUUUUUGGGUUUUUUGUUUUGGGGGGGGUAUUUUUUUUUUCCCUGUAUUUGGGAAGCAACAUCACAAUUUUCCCUCCCUUUUCUCAAUUUCUUAAUCCCUUUUCUGAAAAGGGACUAUGCGAAUGGGUUUCAAGGAUUGGACCGGUGUCAGCUGUGUUUUACUGCGCACCUAAAUCCUGAUGAUCGGUUUUUCAUUUUCCCCUCAAUGGCUUUUAUUUUGGCAGUUUAGCCACAUGUGUUUUCCAGAAAGUUAGUUCCAAGUUUUUUUCUCCUCUUUCUUUCCUUCCCCUUCACCUUCCCCAUCUAACCCCCAAACAUUAUUGUCCAAACAUGACUGGACAGCAACUUUUGUUUCUUGACCCUGUGGUAUGACAGUCUGCUAAUAUUGUUAGAAGGUGCAGUUUGGGGGUUACAGUUGUGAUUUAGCUAUUCAAUCAUAUUAGCAGGAAAAAAAAUGACUUGUUUCUGUUGUACUUGAGUCUUAAGAAAAAGUGCCCAUAGUUUAGUGACAAUUUCCAAAGGCUUUAGUACCACCUGUAUUUCAAAAUGGGGGACCCAAACUCCCGGAAGAAACAAGCUCUGAACAGACUACGUGCUCAGCUUAGAAAGAAAAAAGAAUCUCUAGCUGACCAGUUUGACUUCAAGAUGUACAUUGCCUUUGUGUUCAAGGAGAAGAAGAAAAAGUCAGCACUUUUUGAAGUGUCUGAGGUUAUACCAGUCAUGACAAAUAAUUACGAAGAAAAUAUUCUGAAAGGUGUGCGAGAUUCCAGCUAUUCCUUGGAAAGUUCGCUAGAGCUUCUACAGAAGGAUGUGGUGCAGCUCCACGCCCCUCGGUACCAGUCUAUGAGAAGGGAUGUAAUCGGCUGUACUCAGGAGAUGGAUUUCAUUCUUUGGCCUCGGAAUGAUAUUGAGAAAAUCGUUUGUCUCCUGUUUUCUAGGUGGAAGGAAUCUGACGAACCUUUUAGGCCUGUUCAGGCCAAAUUUGAAUUUCAUCACGGUGACUAUGAGAAACAGUUUCUGCAUGUACUGAGCCGCAAGGACAAGACAGGAAUUGUUGUCAACAAUCCUAACCAGUCAGUGUUUCUCUUCAUUGACAGACAGCAUUUGCAGACUCCAAAAAACAAAGCCACCAUCUUCAAGUUAUGCAGCAUCUGCCUCUACCUGCCACAGGAACAGCUCACCCACUGGGCAGUUGGCACCAUAGAGGAUCACCUCCGUCCUUACAUGCCAGAGUAAAUAAGAGCAUUGACCAGCAAAAUGGAGAAGACCAGAGAAUGCAGCAGCUAUUUUCUUUUCUUGUUUUCUUACCACUUUUCUUUCAGAGUUUAAAGAAAAUGGACUCAUGCACAGAACACUAUGCAUUUUGAAACUUG